AUGUCCACCAUGUCCACCAUUACCUUCCUCCUCAUCUUCUCAACACUUGCAACUGCCCGUUUUAAUGUCACCUCUAACUUUCGUGUUGAUGUUCAUACCCACUUUAUUCCUGACUUCUAUCGGGAAGCCCUCAUAAACAGUGGUAAUGCCGAAAUUCGCAAUGGGACGGAAGUCUGGUCAGAAGGAGCUAUAAUACCUAAAUGGAGCAUCGAAGCCCAGAUAGAAACAAUGGAUACAAACGGCAUAGAUUACUCAGUACUGAGCCUAUCUGCACCCGGCGUUGCAUUCCUGCAUGGAAACCCCGCCGCGGCGAACUUGACGAGAAGGUUGAACGAUUAUCUUUUUGAGCUGAUGGAACUGUACCAGGGGAGAAUUGGUGCAUUUUGUGUUUUACCACUACCAAAUGUGGAGGCUGCAUUAGAGGAGAUUGAGUAUUGUAUGGACACUUUGGGUUUCGCCGGUGUAGGCCUCUUCACAAAUCACGACGGGGUUUACCUCGGCGACUCCAACCUCGACCCUAUAUUCGACCUUCUAAGCACCCGCAACUUGACUACCUUUGUACAUCCUACUGUACCAAACUGCUGGAAAGAUGUCACUUUGGGAUAUGCACCCCCGUUGAUUGAAUUCCCGUUCGACACCAUGCGAGCCAUUAUGAACCUCUUCCUUACCGGGACACGGGCCCGAUAUCAACAUAUCAACAUGAUAUUCUCUCAUGGGGGCGGUGUUCUUCCAUUCCUAGCGGAGAGAGUAGCAUACACAGUGGAGAGGCCUGCCUUUGGGGGUUAUCGAUCUGAAGACGUAUUAGACCAGUUCAAAGGUUAUUUCUUUGAUACGGCUAGUACUGUUUCCAGACCGCAACUAGCGGCGCUGGAUGAGUUUGGAGUUGCUGGGAGGUUGAUGACGGGCACUGAUUACCCCUUUCUGCCCGGAAAUUUUACAAAUGGUUAUCCAGCGGCGAUAGCGGCAUAUGGAAAAUUCACGGAAGAGGUGAUUGAAGGAAUUAAUAGUCAGAAUGCGCUUUCCGUACUGCCGGUAGUGGUGGAAAAGUUGGGGCUAGAGAUACUAUAUAAUUGA